AUGGAGCAUACGGGUGAAACUAGAGCUACCUCGAGCCAGGCGCAUCUCGAGGACUACCAGAAGCGGAGCACCUCACUGCAGAACUUGGCCACCGAUCAACCGGACCACCAUCUCAGGAAAAGUAUGAUGUCAAUCCAGGAGGAGCUGGACCAUCUGGGACUGCGGAAGGAACAGCAAUCGGCGCCACCGUAUCCGCAGCUAAUCUACGGUGGCGACUACGGGCCCAACACGGACAGCAGUCCGGACAUGGUGGCCCACCAUCACGUGGCGAUGUGUGGCGGCAACGGGUGGCCCCAGAUACCGGUCGGCGCCGGCGAAGGGCCUGGUGUUGGCGUCGGAAUGGGCGUCGGGGUUGGCGUCGGCAUGCCCAACAAACCGGCCCCGAUGAGCGGCUGGAUGGACGGGCUGUUUGGUUGCAUGCGGCCCGUACUGUCGCUGAUCGGCAAGAGCCACAUCAUGGAGAUGAAGAACAAACAGACUGAGGACUGGGAGAUCCCGUACGAGACGAUCUCGGAUAUGGUUUGGCUGGGCAGUGGCGCUCAGGGUGCCGUUUUCUGUGGCAAGCUUCGCAACGAGCUGGUCGCCGUGAAGAAGGUGCGCGAGGCGAAGGAAACCGACAUCAAGCACCUGCGAAAGCUGGACCACGAGAACAUCGUCAAGUUCAAAGGGGUCUGCACUCAGGCGCCAGCGUUCUGCAUCAUCAUGGAGUUCUGUCCGCACGGGCCCCUCCACAAGAAGCUACAGGACCACGGCGGUAUCAUAUCGCCCCAGCAGCUCGUCUCCUGGUCACACCAGAUCGCCCUCGGUAUGCAGUAUCUGCACUCUCACAAGAUCAUCCAUCGUGACCUCAAAAGUCCCAACAUCCUGAUCGGCGACAAUGAUGUAAUCAAAAUCAGUGACUUUGGUACGUCGCGCGAGUGGAACGAGAUCAGCACCAAGAUGAGCUUUGCGGGGACCGUUGCCUGGAUGGCGCCGGAAGUGAUCCGUAACGAGCCGUGCAACGAGAAGGUGGACAUCUGGUCGUACGGCGUUGUACUGUGGGAGCUGCUGACCGGCGAGGUGCCGUACAAGAACGUUGACUCGUCGCAGAUCAUCUUCGGGGUGGGCAACAACUCGCUCUACCUGCUCAUACCGAGCUCCUGCCCGGAUGGGUUCAAGCUGCUCAUUAAACAGUGCUGGAGCGCGAAACCACGCAACCGGCCAUCGUUUAAAAUCAUUCUCCAGCAUCUGGACAUUGCGGGCCGCGAACUGCUGCAGGCCUGUGCCAAGGAGCAGCUCGCCGGGUAUUACGAGACGCAAAAGUCGUGGCGCGAAGAGAUUCGUAGCCACAUGACCAAGCUGACCAGCAAUGGGAUGAACAUCCAGAAGUACGAACAGGAUCUGAUACAGAAGCGCAAGGACGAGUGGAAGCACGCGCAGGACAUUCGCCUGAUGUACGAACGGCGGUUGGAGCGAACCAACACCCUGUACCUGCAGCUCAGCGCCUACUACCUUCAGCUAGAGCAGAAGGAGCGUGACAUUGCCGAACGUGAAAAGCACUUACCGUACAAAGCGCGCAAAUGUAACCUUCUUAAGCGUGGCUCGGACAAAGCCGGCCGCAAACGGACCCCGUUUAGCUUUCCUUCCAUGGCGGCUGCCCUGCCCCGUGGGUGCGGCGAGUCCACGACACCUAGCCCAACGGCUCCCACCGGCUACCCGGUGGUGGUCACGUCACGGGCCACCCUGUACGCUCAGCUGAAUCCUUCCGGCCCACAGGGUGCCAAGUCGGUGGUGGUGGCUCCACCGCCCCCCUACAGCACACUGGCCCCGCUAGCCACCAGCGCAACGGCCGUAACGAGCGGUGCAACGGCGGCAACAGUCUCACAGCCCCUCACCAACACCAGUUCCGGGGGUGGGCUUCCGGUAACACUGACUACGACGGCUUCGGGAAGGACAAAAAAGCUCCGAAACCACCGGAGGGUCGGUUCCGGGACGUUCAUCAACUCACCGAAAGCCAGCCCCAGCCGGGACCGGCGGGUACAGAGUGAACCGGAAACGCGCCACGUCAAGCUCGUCGACAUGGAAACGCAAACGGAUGCCAUGGACAUUAGCGAGACGGAUGCGAGUCCGAGCCCGGCCGUGGCGACGAAGCGCAUGUCGACGAGUUUACGUGAGGUAGAGGAGGAGGCGAGAAGCGAAGCGGCACCGCCGUCGUCGUGUCGGGAGGAUGGAUCGGCGGUGGACGAGCAGCUUAGCAGUGUUUACCGGUGCAGCAGUAAGCCACAGUCGGAGGACGACGGGGAAGUGCCUGAGGACGAGGAGAACGGCAACUCGAUCUCGAUAUCGACGAUGACGAACAGCCGCAGUAGCGACAUGAUGACGACCAGCGGUGGAACCAGCGAGCACCAUCGCUACGGACGGCGAUUGCAGCAACAGCAGCAGCAGCAGCAGCACGGCAAUCUGCAGGAAGAGGAAGCGGACGGUGACGUCGAGGAGUACGAGGACGACGGGGAGCGUGAGUGUUCCAGCCCGGAUCCGAUCAUGGACGCGAUGAACAGCAACGAGCGGCUCGAUCGUGCUUGCAGCGACGACGAUAAGAUCGAUACGCUCGAUCGGAAGGUGAACAUCAUGACGGAGCGGCUACAGAGCGCAGCGGCGGUGAUGGCAUACGGGAACCUGCUCAACGACAACAACGUGAUCGUGUACCGGUGCCAACAGCAGAGGCCCGUUGAAGGUUCCACAAUUCUCAUGAAACAUCCGGCUGCGGGAGGCAACUUGAAGGUGUCGGGAGGCGGAGGUGUCGGGGCGUACCUGUACAGUGGGCCACUGGCCACACCGGGUGGUGCUGCUAAAGGAAGCGACGAGACCGGCCGUGUCGAGCGGAGGCUUCAGACGGAGCAUCAGGACGAGCGGUGUACGGACAGUUGGACCGACGAGGAAGGCGAAGAGCCCGUCGAGGAGCUGUUCAACUAUGCGCUCCGUCGCAAAAGUUUGGGACGUCUUCCGAUCAAGCGGAGCCGCCGGUGCAAGCAUGCCAGCACGACAACGUGCGGGUCAGCUGUCAGCGUGAGUCAACCCAGCCAACCAGCAUCCGCUUCUAACGGCGAUCACCAUCACUCUCUACCGAUCGUGCACCGCAAGAUCCCGUCCAACGUGACGAUCUCCGACGAGGAAAACACCUCCGAAUAUAGUCGCGCACCGUCAAGUCAACGGUCGACGCUGGAAUCGAACCCGGAACUGGCGUCCGCCGUGGUAAUGAAGGGUCGACGGAGCGAUCGGAAUGCGCUGAAGCAACAGAAGCCCAUGCAGAAGAGUACCACAUCGGCAAAGGAUACGGAUGACGACAACGGGGCGAGUGAGAGUGAGAGUAGUUCCGACGAAGAAGGAGCUCGAAGGAGCAUUGCUCCAGUGGCCGACGUCGUCAAUGGUAAUCGAGCGUAGAGGAAACCGAACCCAAGAUGAUGCCAUUUUGUUAGGCGUUUGAUGCUCUAGAUGUUAGACUCUAAUCGCCUACCUAAUUCUCCACCGUCGCGGGCCGUCUUUUUAUUGUUGUACGUGUGUUUUUUUGGGGGUUAAAAGAUUCUGUUUAUCUAUUGUGUGUUCUGUUACAUUUCGAAAAAUUAGUUCAAGUUGCCUUCACCGGUGCCUUUUGCGUUUUCCCUGUUUUUGUCCUGUUAUUUGCUUGUUCUUUGUUUCAUCUCAUUUGCCUCUGUUUGCAAUGUAAUUGUCCAUUUCUGUAGUUCCGUCCCUCUUCUGGCACAGAGCAGAGCCUCCCUUUUGCGGGUACAUGCGCCGACUGGAAGUGUGAAGCUGCCAAGCUGCUUCACCUUCGCCGGUUGGUCACUUUAGUAUUAAGGAAUCAAUGCAUCGAUCUGCUGUAUGAUGUGGAAACGGAAGGAAGUGCGAGGUAUUACGAGACAUUCCUUGUCCGUGUCGUUGUCGUCGCCGAGAGGAUAUUAUAGACUUUACGGGGGCGAGUGAUUGGGUGUGUGCGAACGAGACGUGUGUGUUGUGUGUCGGCAUGCGCGACUGUAUUGUGAAUGAGAGACUGAUUCAAUCGAGAUAACUAUUAAUCGGGCGGCUUUAUCCUGUUUGAUUGUACCACACUCUAACGGGACGCUUAAACCCCAUUAGUCCCAGCGGUGGAGUCAUUCCAAUACGUAGUUCAUAAGCGGUAUUCUAUAGAGCAUAUAUAUACCUAUUAUCGACACAGUAAUCGAACACGGUGCAACAAUCGGACAGAGCGCGUACGAAAAGCUUGCGCGAGAGCGUACCUACAAAUCAUGGUGGCCUAUUUUACAGACGAUACUACUGUCGCACUUAGUUGUUAACGUAGGCUUAAUUAUUUUGCAAGUAAGUUCGGUCCCCACAGACCCCGAAAGAUUGUGGAUAAUCGGUGCCCCAUUGCGCAAAGGUUGGGCGGUUGGGUAGCAGCAAUGUAAAUGCAUGAAAUACCUCUAAAGAACACGCAAAACUUGGGUAAAUGUUGUGCAUUCUUGUGUACAUAAUGUUCUACAAUAAUUACUUUUGCAGUCUGAGUUUAUCAGUUCCUAUUGUGCAUUGAUGUCCUAUUCAUUUUUCAACCCACUUACCUUAAAUUCGGGAUAAACAUUACGCUAGAAUGUGUUAAGAUAACGUUUCUAAUUCCAUUUCAAACAUUACGCGAGUCCUCGAAUGCUACCAAUUGCCUUACUGCGGGAGCAGUGCGUGAGAAGCGCGUGUACUGGACCCACGGAUGUCGCUGAUAGCGUUUGAGCGUCUACUCUCCACAGCAAACUCUUUGGUACCUGGUCCUUGAGCGCUUGGUCGCUUCCAUUGGAUAAACGCAAGUCAAAUUUCAAAAAAAUGCGGUCCGCAAAACAAAUGGAUUAUAUUUUGAAAAAUACGGAGCUGUUACUGAAUUGCAAUCGAUGAACCGGGCGUUUUGCCUAGCAGAAAUGGUGCAUACCCUGAGAGAUAUUAUUUUUCGGAAGGUUUUCUAGUGUAAAUUGCAUCCCAACGAAGCGGAAAGGGGCCACCCAACCAGGGCUGAAUAUGGCGCAACAAACGGCAAGAUACGAGAGAGGCAAAGUAGAAAGUUUUCAUAUGUAUGCGCCUGUCUGCACGUGGCUUGUAUGGCACUUUUUACGUAUUUUUUCUACUGUUGCGAACAAAAAACAGAAGCUAGUUUAUUUUUGCCCUAGCGAAGGGUGUAUAGUCUCUUUGAGCGAAAUAAAUUAUAACUCCAACUAUAUUGUACUGGAAAAAGUUAUCCGGGAAGCAUGAGAAAGAUAUAAUGGCACUAUAGUAAUCGUUGUUGACCUGGCAUUCUCUAAAUUACAAACAGAAUAGAUCCAAAUUCUUCUCUCUCUCCAACGCCACACUAUUAACGUCUGUGCAAAUGUGUACUCCAACGCGCAGUGAUUCAAUACAAAACCAGCAUAUAUGGGAAAAGGAAAACCACAGCAUAAAUCAGGAAGGACGUAGCAAAGCAAACGAAUGGUAGAGAGUUCAAUGGUACCGCCAGAUGAAAACCUCGUGUAAAUCCACUAUAGUCUUGUAAGGUAUAGUCAGCCCAACUGGCUAACGGAAAGAAGUAAGGGUCUAAGAAUGUGCAAACGAUGCAAGGCGAUGAUUGUCGAAGUAAUAAAAUGGAAA